AUGAUCACGACCAUAUGUUUCUGUUUGCCAGAGACCCGCCAAUGCAGUAGUAUAGACAGAUCACCCUUCCCACGAUAUUCUAAGCUCGUUCCGGGAAGAAGCUGGGGUAAGCUCGACGGAAAGCAAAGCCGAUCGAAGCCAGCUCUCUCGUGCAACGAGAAUAUAGAACGUUGGUCGGCCAAGAGUUAUUGGGACAAAGGCAUCGGUGCGCAAAUCGGGGUCGGAUCGCCGGCCGUCUUGCGCCAAGUCAAGGAAGAGCGUGAGAAGAAGAGGCAGCUUAAAGAGAGUAAGGAGAAGACGGAGGGGAGCGAUGACGAUGAUGAGUCGGACGAUGAGUAUGAGAAGGACGAGAUCCCUGGGAAAUGGGUGGUCAUCAGGAAGAUCGGAGUGGGCAACAACUCGAACGCGUGGUUGGCGAAGGAUAACCUAUCGGGACAAGUUGUCGCCCUCAAGAUUCCCGCCCGGGCCGGGUACACCGAGCCUCCGACCGAAAAGGACGUUCUCCUCAAGCUCUCUCACCGAUACUCUCAACCCGCACUCGUCAAACCCGGAUUGACCAACCUCAUCCGGCUGUACGAGUGCACGCCCGUUCAACCUGGCUGGGGCGCGGAAGCACUCGUUCUGGAACCGCUCUCCAUCAGCAUGGAAGGGCUUGUAGAACUAUUCAAAACGGAAGGGACCCAGAUCCCGAUCGACUUCGCUAGAAAGACAGCGAGGGGUUUAACCGAGGGGAUCCGGUACAUGCACGAAGAGAUGAGCUUGAUCUACUUGGGUUGCAAACCGGCGAACGUUCUUUUUCGAGUACCCGACAUGCAGCGUCACGUCCAAGAAGAGAUGGAGGCUGCUCCCUCGCCCAAACCUUACCAGGCCAUCAAAAUCCAGCCGAUCGGUAUGGGCUUAUGGGAUGAUCCCAACCGGCAGCGAGAAUUCUUCGAGCACGCGACGGUCGUCAUGACCGAUUUCGGAAGAUCGCAAUGGGAGCACAAGAAGGAAGGCUACCCUGUGCUCAACCGUAGGAUGUGUCCGCCUGAAUAUUGGGUCCAGCUGGAGUUGACCAGGGGUAAACCUCUCGAUAUGCACUGGGGAAGACCUGUCGACAUCUGGACCAUCGGGACCACCAUGGCCUUCAUGUUGUUGGGUGUCGACAUGUUAUGUAGCCGAGGAGGUCGACGUCAAGCCCUCCGGGACAUUGCUGCUGAGAUCUGUGGCUAUUCGCACAAGUUUGUCAAGGAUUUUCCAAAAGUGCGCGAUAUCCUCGACCGGAAAGGCAAGUUCAGGGGAUAUCCGAUGCCCGGUGACGAAGUUGGUGCCGGCCUCAUCUGGGACCUGAAACUAAGUGUGGCAGCAGGGGAUCUCGAGGGGACGUAUGCAUUCUUGCGCAAGUGUCUCACUAUCAGACCCAAGAUGCGCCCUACCGCGAGCGAGCUCUUGAAGCAUCCUUGGUUGAACCUGGAUGGCCCGUCGGACAAGAAGGCGGAAGAUGACAUGGAUCUCGACUCUGGUUGCGAAGUCUCCGAGAGUAGCGAUUCCUCGUGCGAGCAUGACUCUGACGGAAGUCUCGUCGACAACGCGAUGUCGAUGUCGUCUUCCGGCGCCGAGACCCCGCUCGACAGCGAGCAAAUGGUGAUCGAUCAAGUCGACCAAGACAUGGAAAUCUCGACUUCCGACGUUUCAGGUCCAGGAAGCGCUUAGUAGAAUAGUAGAAUGCGGCUCCUUCAAUUAUGUAGUCUCCCGAACGUACACGUAUAGCUUUGUCA